AUGGAAGUCCAUAGAAGUUCUUUGAAGUUAGUGAGAAGUCUUGAAAGUCAGGAGGAAGUCCAUACAAGUCAUGAUGAAGUCAAUGGAAGUCAUACGAAGUCCAUGGAAGUCAGGGUGAAGUCCAUGGAAGUCAUGAUGAAGCGGAAAGCGGACGAGGUCCACAUCCUAGAGGAAACCAUCCGAGCCCGCAACGAACAACAAAAAAAGGCGGGAGUGGAACUUGACGCCACAUGCCACAUAUGCCUCAAGACCAAGUUCGCCGACGGGGUGGGCCACAUUUGUAACUAUUGUUCUAUCAGAUGUUGCGCCAGAUGCGGCGGAAAAGUUACGCUCAGAUCGAAUAAGACGGUCUGGAUAUGCAUCCUCUGUCGAAAAAAACAAGAACUGCUGAGCAAAACGGGUCAAUGGAUGUUCGGCAGUCCUAACGCCGAGCUGGACAUCCCCCAAACACAACAAGCGCCAUCCGAUAAGCGGCCGAAACUGGAGAGAGCGCACUCGGCCGCCGAAAAGGAGAACCUACCUCUCCAGAGGUCAGGCAGCGUGUUACGGAGGCAGUACUCGGAGCAGGAACCUCGGGCGCCCUCUUGCGAACGGUACCAGCAGUUCAACGAGGAAGACCCGAGGUUCUAUCAAGGAGAGUUGGAAGGACUGAUGAGAACGCACCCGCAUCUUGUACCAAGGAGGUACCCAGAACCUGAAACGGAACCCAUUCAAAUGGACCAUUCACAGCAACGGGUCCAACCCAUGGCUAGCUCUAAUAAGAAACACAAGCGAAGCGGAUCCACGAAAAAGCACCAACAACACCCCCCGCCCCAAGUCCAACUUCACAACUACUCCAGUUCCGAAGAGGAUCUAAAAUCCACUCCGGAAUACGGUAGCGACGAAAGAGAUAGCGAAAAAGGUAAGCGAUAG